CGUUGUUGAAAUGUCACGCACUAUUAAGCAUGUCUUUAGGUUAUCUUAAAAUUUAAGAAUGGUUUUAAAAUAAAUAUGUAGAAUAAUAUAUACUUCCUUUUGAAAGUUUUUAAAGAUGGUUAACUGCGUCAUGUGUCAAAAAUCAUUUCGAAUAAAAGUAGGAAAAGAUCAAAAUACCAGAUGUGAAAAAUGUGCAUCUCAAUGGAGAGAUUAUCAAUUAAUAGAACAAAGACUAGAAGCUGAGAAAAAAAAAGAAGAGGAUAAGAUUCGAAUGAAGGAGCUUCUUUUGAGGGAAAAACAAUUAGAGUUAGAGAAACUAAAGAUUACGAUAAAAGAAUCGCAAGGGAACGGAAACGCUAUCGAGUUAACAUGUUAUUAUGAUCAAAACGCCCAAAAAAAAGUCUCCGAAUUACUCGCAGGUGCACGUUCUACAUCGCCACACACACCUUUACCGUCAUUACCAACAGCAUCAUUAUUUCGUAAAAAACCAACUGGAUGUGUUAGAAAUGCAACAGAUUUUCUCGAUUAUAGAAAACCUAGAAAACUCCCUUCAAUUGAAGGGCUACGAAACCGUGUAGCUUUACGUCAUAAGCUGGAAGAAGAUUACAGAUCAUCAGCUGGUAGCAGUGGUAUUUCAGUAGAUUAAAUUUAAAAAACGAGGACCGCUGGCAAGUGAAGUUUAUUUUAUAUUAAACUGAAGAAUAAAACCAACCCAUAGCAGCAGCAAAAUUUCUCCAGACUUAAAAAACCUUACUUAAAUGCGAAUAAAAAAUAUAAUCAAAAUGAUACAAAAAA